AUGGCUGAGGCUGCGAUUCCUUCCAUCACGCUGCAUGACAUAGCGUCUGCAACAUUCAAAGUUAUGCUUCGGUUUCUGUACACGGAUGUCUUGCCUGGAGAUAACGAGCUUGGGCGCUCUCCUGUUGCGAUGUUUCAGGAUCUACUUGCGGCGGCCAACCGUUAUGCGCUGGACCUGAAAAAGCGGGCUAAGACGGCCGAGCCGGAGACGCAGACAACCAUUGUGGGAUCAGCCGUCGUCCAGUUCAGAGUAGACUACCAGCAAGCCAAGCAAUGUCCCGUCGGCAAGGCUGUCCACUCCGACAUCAUCUCCGCCGGGGGACACCUCUGGCGGAUCGAGUGCUACCCGUGUGGGGACACUGAGGAGAACGGGGGCCGGUAUCUUUCCAUCUUCCUUAGGAAAAAGAGCAAAUCCAGAAACAUCACGGCCAUCUUCGAGGUCUUCCUUGCGGAUGGUGACGGCAAACCAUCCAAACCAUCGUCCUAUGCGGAACCCAAAAAGGUAUAUGGAUGUUUCGAAUUUGACAACGACCAAGGCGACACGGGAUGGCGUGAGUUCCACUAUAAAUCAUACCUGGAUAAAUUUGUGAUUGAGGGACACAUCACAUUUGUAUGCUCCAUCAUGGUCAUCGAUAACAGCCCUAUUCCCGUGCCGCCUUCGGACAUCGGGACCCAUCUUGGCCGCCUACUAGAUCAUGCCGACGGGACGGACGUGUCAUUUGUCGUCGACGGCGAGACGUUCCUCGCUCAUCGGUGGGUGCUGGCCGCCCGCUCACCAGUCUUCAGGGCGGAGCUCUUCGGCUCCAUGACCGAAGCUACAAUGCAGUCCAUCACGCUGCAUGAAAUGGCGCCUGCCACGUUCAGGAUUAUGCUUCGGUUUAUGUACACUGACGGGUUGCCUGAAGAAGACGAACUUGGUGAUUCUCCUCUUGAGAUAUUUCAGGACCUACUAGCCGCAGCUGAUCGAUAUGCACUAGACCGACUGAAGCUUAUGUGCGCCCAGAAGUUAUUGGUUCAUAUGACCGUAGAUACGGUUGCAACUGUCUUAGCUUGCGCUGAGACUUACAACUGUCCAGAGCUGAAGAACAAGUGCUUAGAUUUCUUUGCGGUGGACAAACAUUUCAAGAAGGCAGUGUUCACUGAUGGCUUUGUAAUGCUGAUGCAGAAAUUUCCAACAGUUGCUGAUGCGCUGAGAGAUAGGGUUGGGGCAUAA